AUGGCGUCCAAGAAUACCAACGGGUCCACCAACGGUCACUCCCAUGACUUCAGUGCUUACCAUGUGCCGUCCACGCAGGAGGCCAUCCAGGUGGAGAAGGACUAUGCGGCGCACAACUACCAUCCUCUCCCGGUGGUGAUCUCGCGGGCACAAGGGAGCUCGGUGUGGGACCCCGAGGGCCGUCACUACCUCGACUUCUUGUCCGCCUAUUCCGCCGUCAACCAGGGUCACUGUCACCCGAAGCUGUUGGCUGCUCUCAUCGAUCAGGCCUCGCGGGUCACCCUUAGUUCGCGCGCCUUUUAUAACGAUGUUUUCCCACGGUUCGCCCAGUUUGUCACCGAGUUCUUCGGAUUCGACAUGGUCUUGCCCAUGAACACGGGGGCCGAGGCUGUUGAGACGGGUAUUAAGAUCGCGAGGAAGUGGGGUUACAAGGUCAAGGGUAUUCCCGAGAACCAAGCGCUGGUGCUCAGUGCCGAGAACAAUUUCCAUGGUCGCACGUUCGCCGCCAUCUCUCUCUCCUCCGACCCCGAGUCCCGUGAGAACUAUGGUCCCUACCUGCCCGGCAUCGGCUGCAACAUUCCCGGAACCGACAAGCCCAUCACUUACAACGACAAGGCGGCGCUGCGCGAAGCCUUCGAGAAGGCGGGCCCCAACAUCGCGGCUUUCCUGGUCGAGCCCAUCCAGGGAGAGGCGGGCAUCGUUGUGCCGGACGAGGAUUACCUGAAGGAGGCUCGGGCCCUGUGUGACAAGCACAAUGCGCUGUUGAUCUGCGAUGAAAUUCAGACGGGCAUUGCCCGCACGGGCAAGCUCCUUUGCUACGAAUGGAGUGGCAUCAAGCCGGACAUGGUCCUCUUGGGCAAGGCCAUCUCCGGUGGUAUGUACCCCGUGUCCUGCGUGCUGGGCCGCAAGGACGUCAUGCUCACCAUCGAGCCGGGCACGCACGGGUCGACCUAUGGCGGUAACCCAUUGGGAUGCGCGGUCGCCAUCCGGGCCCUGGAGGUUAUCCGCGAGGAGAACAUGGUGGAGAAGGCGGAGACGCUAGGCCAUGUCUUCCGGAAGGGACUGGAGGCGAUCAAGAACCCCAUGAUCCAGAAGGUGCGAGGCAAGGGCCUUCUCAACGCCAUCAUCAUCGACGAAACCAAGACGGGUGGUCACAGCGCCUGGGACCUCUGCAUGCUGCUUAAGGAGAAGGGUCUGCUGGCCAAGCCCACCCACCAAAACAUCAUCCGUCUGGCCCCGCCACUCGUCAUCACGGAGGAACAGAUCCAGGAAGCGCUCAAGAUCAUCUCCGACGCAGUCGAUGCUCUUCCCACACUCAAGGGCGCCGAUGAGGACAAAGUCAUCCCGCCUCCUGAAAAGAAGAUUAAGAUCGGUGUCGAGAACUAAACGGGCCCUUUCCAGACAACAGACACGGAUCAGCCGCGCCUCGAGCUUCGCCUGUUGGCCUCCACGAGAGCGCACACAUGAUAAUGACUUAGACCGUUGUCGGCAUUGCUGCCCUGUGGGGCACAUUCUGACUAGAGUUGACGGUUUGCUCUUCCAGGAAUGAGUCACCAUGCGAUGCAGCAUUGGGCGAUUAGAUAGACACUACUGUCCAUCUCGACCUUAGCGACCGACGUGUAGCUAUAUUUAUGCGAAAACGGCUGCACGAGUUGUCCAAGGAUAAUGGACGAGCUGAUCCGAGACUGUUGUCGAGUUAUGUCGGUUUUAGAUAAUAAAGCAUGACGCUUCAUGACUAGCAGAGCG